UAUAUGUAUAUCAUUGUUUUAUAUUAUAUUUUGUAGAGAAUUAUUCUUUAUAAAAAAGACACGUAAUUUAUUGUAUCAAAUAGGAUUUAAUUGGAAGAUUAUAAUGUUUUAUCGGUUGCUUGGAUAAAGGAAUUUCUCGCUUUUUUGCUAAUGAUGUUUCACAAAAUUGCGCAGGAGGAAGGAUAAUUGUUUAUAAUCGUAAUCGAAUAUACAAAAUAAUCAAUUUUCAAUUGGAACAUAUUGAUUGCCUUAAUAUAUUUAUUUUGUAUGAAAAGGGAGAGUGUGCUGGAUGUGCAUGUACGUAUGCGUGCGAGAAAGGGCAUGAAAGUGUUAGAAUUUGAAAGACUUUGUUAUCGAUUGUUAACAACGUUGCAAAUGUUGUAAGUGUUGCAACUCUUGAAUUAUCAUUUUUUAAAGUAACAUUAAACAUUAGCGUGUACGUAGUACUAUUUAAUUAAAAAUCAAUUGAUUUUUAAUACAUCUAAGAUUUCUAUAAAGUUUACACAUAAAUUUACAAAUAAUAAAUUUUUAAUUAUAUCGUAUAUUCGAGGUUAAUUAAGAAUUAAUUAAUUUGUAUUGAAUCUAAAAGUUAUUUUUCCAAAAUAAAGUAAUUUUUAUCGCUUUAAAGCUUGACUAGUGAUCAAUUAAUAAAAUUCACAAAUAAUCUGUUGAAUGAACAAUUUGCUUCGUCUCUUGUUUAUUACAACAAAGAAUAUUCUAAUCUGUUUUUUUUUUCUUUUUACGAACGAUCGAUUUUUCCUUUACAAAGUUUUCUAGAAAAUCUUUUUUCUUUUCAGAACUAAUAAAACUUUAGCGGAUAAGUCGGUAAAAGAAAGUUUUUGAAAAUCACACCGCUAAUUACGUUCAUUGAUGGAUCCGCAUAUCAAUCGAUUUCUAUUCAUUGAUCAUAACUCUUUAAAGACAGUAAGAAAGAAAACGGCUACGAGUGUAUGUGUGUGUAUAUGAAUACGUGAGAAUAAGAUACAGCGCCGUUUGUUUUUUCUUCGGCGUAUUCGAAGAAUUUUUUCUUCGAUCAAUACAAUUAUCGCUAUCACAUUACUAAGUGUAACUAUAUGGUUAAAUCAUUAUGAUGGAAAGUUGUUGGCUGAAUUGCGAGUUUUUAUUAUAAUAAUAUCGUUUCAAGUAAAAUCGAUGUUGGUACUGAAAUUCCGUGAGAGAUUUAAAAACCGUUUAAUGUCGUUAAUUCGUUUAACAUACAUAUACAUGCGUAUAUACACAUUAAAAAGCUAAUGAAUUUAGAAACUUUCAGUUUCUGAAUUUUUAAUACAGAGACACGAAUCCUUUAGAAUUUUACGAUCCGUCGAACAUCUUUUUUUAUUUGGAAAUAUACGUAUUGUGCCACAUGUUCUAGAACACACUCUGUAUAACUUCAAAUAUUUCGAAAACUGAAUGUUUUUAAAUUCAUUCGUUCACGCAAUUGUUCGCAACAGCACAGUUUAUGGCUGUAUCUUAACGACAUUUUAUCGAGUACCAUGUCGUUUUUUACUUUAAAAUGUAGCGUCCAGAAAGAGACGACUAUGAUACGACAAGAAUCGUCAGAGAAGUUGGAUAAAAAUGGAAGAAAAAUCUUUUUCAGAAUGCGAAUUGUAAUACGCGUAUCGCUUAUUGACGUUUUCAUUAUUGCAUCUGCAUCCGCACGAUUAAUUUAUAAAUAAAUUAUACGAAAUAAAACACUUAAUUGUAAAAUUCUCUUUUCUCAUUGUCGUCCUAUUCGAUUUAAAAAUCUAUACUUUAUCGAGUCAACUUAUGGAAUGCUUAAAAAAUGAUGCAUGCAGCGCCAUCUAACCACGCAGAGCGAUACUAUGUCCAAAUAGUUCAAUAACUCGAUCGAUAUUAUCGAUUCUGAUCACGUGAUCACCAUAGUUUAGUGCGCUUGCGCGACCUUGAUGUAAGGUGACCGCUUCAGAGACUGCCAGCAGUACAAUUGUUAUUCAUCUCUGGGUAGUAUACGCGUGCGGAACGUUAGUGGAAUAGGUGUUGGUGCAUGUGUCGCGAAACCCGGUCAUUGUGCCCAACAAUACUUAGAAUCGGUAACAGAAAUAUUGCAUUUUAUUCGAAAAGUAUUGCUGCUUCUGAGUAGUACGUCGAAAAUUUCAUCCAAUAUUUGUGUACAAUAACGAAUUCUAUCAAAAUUUCACAUACAAAUAAUAUUAUAACGUCAAACAGAAAAAAGCUGAAUUACAUUUGAAGUGUUUGGAUACAAAUUUGAUUCUGUGUCAAAUACGCUCGAAAUUAUAAAUUGUAGAUAUUACAGAUUUCAAUUAAUAACUGAUAAAAGAGAGGAAAACGUAAAGAAAUGUCAGCGUCAGAAACAGAUCACGAGAAAAGAAAACAAAUUUCAGUGCGUGGAAUUGUCGAUGUAGAAAAUGUAGCAAAUUUUAAGAAAACGUUCAAUAGACAUUUGCAUUAUACUUUAGUAAAAGAUCGUAAUGUAGCUACAAGUAGGGAUUAUUUCUUCGCCUUGGCACACAGCGUCAAGGACAAUUUGGUUUCGAGAUGGAUACGUACUCAGCAAUAUUAUUACGAAAAGGACCCUAAGAGGGUGUAUUAUCUUUCCUUGGAGUAUUACAUGGGCAGAACUCUUCAGAAUACUAUGAUCAACUUGGGUAUUCAAGGUGCCUGCGACGAAGCAAUGUAUCAGAUGGGUUUAGACAUCGAAGAACUCGAAGAACUCGAGGAAGAUGCUGGAUUGGGAAACGGAGGUUUAGGAAGAUUAGCAGCUUGCUUCCUCGAUAGUAUGGCCACUCUUGGCUUAGCAGCCUACGGAUACGGAAUUCGGUACGAAUACGGAAUAUUCGCGCAAAAGAUUAAAAACGGGGAACAGAUAGAGGAGCCAGAUGAUUGGUUGCGUUAUGGAAAUCCAUGGGAAAAGGCUAGACCUGAAUUCAUGCUCCCGGUAAAUUUCUACGGGCAAGUUAUCGAUACUCCUGAGGGAAAGAAAUGGGUGAACACACAGGUUGUGUUCGCAAUGCCCUACGAUAAUCCGAUUCCCGGAUAUAAAAACAACGUGGUUAAUACUCUCAGACUGUGGUCCGCAAAAUCACCUGUAGAAUUUAAUUUAAAAUUCUUCAAUGACGGUGAUUACAUUCAAGCUGUGAUUGAUCGCAACUUAGCCGAGAAUAUCACGAGGGUUCUGUAUCCUAAUGACAAUUUCUUUGAAGGAAAAGAAUUACGUCUGAAGCAAGAAUACUUCAUGGUGGCAGCAACUCUUCAAGACAUAAUACGCAGGUACAAAGCUAGCAAAUUUGGUUCAAGGGAACAUCAUAGGACAGAUUUCGAUGUGUUCCCUGACAAGGUUGCUAUUCAGUUAAACGAUACUCACCCUUCUCUGGCCAUUCCUGAACUCAUGAGGAUCCUUAUCGAUGUCGAAGGACUUCCUUGGGAAAAAGCUUGGGAUAUAACAACGAGAACUUGUGCCUACACUAAUCACACAGUGCUACCAGAAGCUCUUGAAAGAUGGCCAACGAGCUUGUUGGAAAGCAUUCUUCCUCGACAUCUGCAAAUCAUCUAUCAUAUAAACUUCCUUCAUCUUCAGGAUGUAUCUACCAAAUACCCAGGAGAUAUAGAUCGCCUUCGUCGUAUGUCUUUGAUAGAAGAAGAUGGUGAGAAAAGAGUGAACAUGGCACAUCUGUCGAUUGUCGGCAGUCAUGCUAUUAACGGUGUAGCGGCGAUACAUUCGGAAAUAUUGAAGAACGGCGUUUUUAAGGACUUCUAUGAAUUAACACCCGAGAAAUUCCAAAAUAAAACCAAUGGUAUUACGCCAAGAAGAUGGCUCCUCUUGUGCAAUCCAAACCUUUCAGACAUUAUCGAAGAAAAAAUUGGCAGCGAUUGGACAGUGCAUUUGGAACAGCUUGCACAACUGAAACAAUGGGCCAAAGACCCAGUCUUCCAACGUAGUAUCAUAAAAGUUAAGCAAGAAAAUAAAUUGAAAUUAACGCAGUUACUCGAGAAAGAUUAUGGAGUUAAAGUAAAUCCCGCCUCUAUUUUCGAUAUUCAGGUGAAACGAAUACAUGAAUACAAGAGACAACUUUUGAAUUGCCUACACGUAAUAACACUUUAUAACAGAAUAAAGAAAGAUCCAUCCGCACCGUUCGUUCCUCGAACAGUUAUGAUCGGUGGAAAAGCAGCACCUGGAUAUCACUUAGCAAAGAAAAUUAUUAAAUUAAUUUGUAGCGUAGGAAAUGUUAUUAAUAAUGAUCCUAUUGUUGGUGACAAGCUGAAAUUUAUCUUCUUAGAGAAUUAUCGAGUCACGUUAGCCGAGAAAAUUAUUCCAGCAGCAGAUUUGAGCGAACAAAUUUCGACUGCUGGCACUGAAGCGUCUGGUACAGGAAACAUGAAGUUUAUGUUAAACGGAGCCUUAACAAUUGGCACAUUGGAUGGUGCUAAUGUAGAAAUGGCUGAAGAAAUGGGUGAAGAAAAUAUAUUUAUUUUUGGUAUGACCGUUGACGAAGUGGAAGAGUUAAAACGGAAAGGAUAUAAUGCAUACGAUUACUAUAAUAGAAUCCCAGAAUUAAAACAGUGUGUUGAUCAGAUACAAGGAGGUUUCUUCAGUCCUAACAAUCCAGAUGAAUUUAAAGAUAUUACCAAUGUUUUAUUAAAUUGGGACCGAUUUUACUUAUUCGCUGAUUAUGAAAGCUACAUAGAAAUGCAGAAUCACGUCAGUAAAGUAUAUCAGGAUGAAAGCAAAUGGGUAGAAAUGGCUAUUCAUAACAUAGCUUCUUCAGGCAAAUUUUCAUCGGAUAGAACAAUUGCGGAAUAUGCCCGCGAAAUUUGGGGUGUUGAGCCAUCUUGGCAACGACUUCCCGCACCUAAUGAACCUCGAGACAUUUAAAAUUUAACUUAUCUUUUUCAUCAGGUGAAUUUACAUGUUUGUAAACUUUAACAUUAUUAACAAUUUUUUUAUAUUUUUUUUUAACAGAUAGUAAAUAUUUUCGUCGAACGAGUGUGAGUAAUUUUAUCAACAAAUUAAUAACCUAAUAAAGUUGCAAUGAUUAAAAUGCAAACACAACAAAAAUAAAUAUUAUUUAUUAUUUAUUUAUUAUUUCCACGUUUCGCAAAACAAAUUGAAUAGCUAACAU